GGAGCCGAAUUGAACCGAGCCGAGACGAACUGUACCGAGAGAUACCGAACUGAGAGCGCAGGACGCUUGUUUAGUGACAAAUGCACGCAUCGAAAGGAGCAACUGUCAAACAGCUUUUCGGGUUAGCAUCGAUCGGAAAACGACCUCAACUAUAAAACUUUAAUUCAAAUACACAUUGUGAUCCACGCAUUAACGAUAAUUGUUUCAACUUCUUAUAUUUCCAAUCCUAUUAGGACAAGAAAUGAGUAUUAUAAAGAGAAAUUGAUAAGAACGAUCAAAAUGCAACGUGUUAAGGAAGGCGGAAAUGCAUUUGCACAACAUAUCAUAUCAGAAUCGCGGUGAAAGGAAGAAGGGUUCGAUGGGAAAUUGGUGCAGCACAUUGUUUAGCAGAUGAAACAGGAAUCGGUGAAUUCGUGAGUGGUAUAAAGGCAGAAAAGAACAGGACAGGGCAAAAUUUUUAAAUAUUCGAAAAUAUGUUUGAUUUUGAGGUUGAAAGUCCAAAUUUGAAUCAUCGUCAAAAAUAUAACGAUAUCAAUUAGGAAAAUAGAGUAAAGAAAAGAAAAAAAGAAAAAACGAAAAGAUUGAAGCUUUAGUAGUAGAACGAUUGCAAAAUUUUAAGGUUUGAGAGACAAGCGGAGAUUAUAAGCGGUGACAAGCGGUGACGAGCGGUGGCGCGCGAAGCGGAACCGAGUCGGACCGAGCGGAACCGAGCGGAGCCGAGCGCAAACUCGAGCGAGGCCGAAGCCGAAGCUGAAACCAUAGGCAAAAGCGAAGGAAGGUUCGGACUUGGGUUCGGCGCGGUAGCGCUGGUUAGCGAGCGGAUAAGCAGCUAACGGAUCGGCGGCGUAUCGCGAGCGGCCGAGAAUGUGCGCGCGCGUUUAAUAAUUGACUGCUCUUCUUUUGGCAGAGUAACUCAUAUCGAACUUGUUUCUUGAGGCGAGUGCGCGUCUUCCUGGCUGGACGCGCGCGUGUACCGGCCGUGUAUGGACGGCGGCACGCGUGCACGAGUCGAGGAGGAAAAAGCCCUGGAUUCGUCUCGCCUGCGAUCCUCCGCUCGGCUCGGCUUCACAAGUUCCUCCUCGGCCGGCAGCUCUCGUAUCGCCAGGCGUAAAAGGAAGAAGAGGAGACGACAACAACGACGAAACAGUAACGUCGACGACGAGGACGAACUCGUCGUCGUCGGUGGCGGUGGCGGUGGCGAAGUAAGCACCGUCAACGAAACUGUCGACACAAUCCUCGCGAUCAAAGAAGAACCGCAACAGCUAGGAGGGCAAGUGAUAUCCAGCCAGGAAUCGACGAAACCACCGAAAAAUCGGCUUUCGCACACCAACGAAUCUCAACGAAACGUAACCAGAGGAGGAAGCGGCUCGCGCGCGGCUGCCUCCUCCCUCAGCUCCGGCAACACGCUUCUCAACCGUCGAACUGCCAGCAAGCGAUCGUCCAGGAGAUGCAACGCGAACGCGCGUAGGAACGCGAUGACGAUGGAUCUCCAGAGACUGAUCACUGAGGUACACGCUAGGCCCGCGAUCUGGGACCAGAAAAACGUCAACUAUCACAAUCGCGACGUCAUCCUGAAGAUGUGGCGAGAGAUCGCGAGGGCUUGCGAGGUCUCCACGGACGUCGCGAAAUCGAAAUGGAAGCAUUUACGAGACAAUUUCCGCAACGAAUUAAAGAAAACUUAUCGAGGAAAAUGCGAUGGUGGUGCCAAUGAGCACGAUUCGAAAUGGGUUUGGUUCAAGAGCCUAUUCUUUCUACGAGAUCAAAUGAACUCGAGAGUGAUUGGAUGCACUCUUUCACAGAAUUGUUCGGCAGCCCUUAGAUCAUCGCCAGAAGAAACACAAAUCGAGCCUCAAAUCGACAUUUUAGAAGGACACGAGGAAACUCAGUUCGAUGAUUUAGAUGGUGAUUCUUGUCAAUCUUUGCUUUCAAAUGACGAUGGCCUGCAUCAAGUUAUGCCUCCACCUAAAAUGAAUAAGAUUGGUAGGAAAAGAAGUUUAAUGGAUGCAAUGGAGAACAAUUAUACCGAAGUCGAUCGAAAACGAUUCGAAUCUCUGCAAAAAAGGUUAAGCGUAUCGCAGGAGGAAGAAGAUGACACUUAUCAUUUUCUUAUGAGCGUUCGAAAUCCUCUUAAAAGUUUACCGCUCGAUAGACAAAUGUUUAUUAGGUUGAAGAUUCAAGAGCUCGUUUACAAUGAAAUCAACUUGCAGAAUCAACAGAGUCGAACGUACGAAGUUUCACAAGAUGUAAAACCUCCAAGAACAGGGAAUGCUAGCGGAGUAGUUGGAACCGGCGCCGGACUCGGAGGUGGCGACGCUUGUCUCGGCGAAUCCAUAGCUGGUGCCGAUACAAAUGGAGGCGGUAGUGGUGGUGGUGAUGGUGGUGGUGCUGAUGGUGGUGGUAAUGUUGGCGGUGUUGGAGGUAGUUUAGGGGGAGAGCAAACCGUUAACGAUAUGUCUAACCACCCUGCAUCAUUACUUCAGAAUUGCACGACAGAGGGCUCCAGCGAUGAUACCUUCUUUGGUUAAUUUAAUUUACUUUUUAAGAUGUAAGAAUUAUAAUUUUAUUAAUAGGAAAUAAACAAUGGUAUUUUUUCAGUA